AUGGCUCGCAUAACUAUCAUCUCGGGCUUGGCCAUACUAAUCAAGAUCCUCGCGGCCGCCAAAAUGCCGCCGAUGGGGCUUUAUACGGCGAUAGCAAAGGCAAAGAUGGGCACACUGGGGUUCCAGGAUCGGCCAGCUGAUCGGGUCCCUAGGGAGCAAACUGGCCAGCGUCACGACCCUGCCGACAGUGCCAUCAACCGCCAAGAAUACGGCAACAGAAAGGGAAAGAAAAAGGGGGCGAUGGUGGCGGCGGUAAACAGCGGGUGCCUCCUAGGUACCCGACACGACGACGACGGUACAUUCACGCUCUGGGGCUCGGGGGACCCUCGGCCUCCUCACAUGGACUUCUUUCUCUAUUGCGGGCAGCGUCGCUGCCGAAAAAACUCUGGCGCAAUGUCCGGGUCAGGGAAGAGGUCGGAGAAGAGGGGAGCGGAGACGAUCGGGUGCUUCACUGAACGUCGGCGUCCUGCCGUGAAUAUCGGCAGCUUUAGCGGCAACAGUGGGGCUUAUCAUCAUCCGUCGGCGGCGGCGGCGGAGCACCGUUCCGCGACCCACCCGUCUGCCAGACCAUGUUUGAACGCCGCGGUGACAUGCUGCGUCGCCGAGGACCCGAGCAGGUCGAACGGGGAUGCUACGCCGGCGGUGUCGCUGAUUGGCUGUGUACCAUCCCGGCCGAGGUUGUCGUGCAGGGACGGUGUGGUGGGAGCUCUAGCAGCAGCGAUAUGUUCGGUUGGGGCAAUGCGAACGCGACCUUUGGGAUGA